CGCUCCGGCGGUGCCUGCGGCUGCGGCGGGGCCCUGCACGCGGACAGCUCCCCCCGGCCGCGCGCCGCUCCCGCGCCGCUCCCGCCAUGUCCCGCGGCUCCAGCGCCGGGUUCGACCGGCACAUCACCAUCUUCUCGCCCGAGGGCCGCCUCUACCAAGUCGAAUAUGCGUUUAAGGCCAUAAACCAAGGUGGACUUACAUCUGUAGCUGUUCGUGGGAAAGAUUCUGCAGUAAUUGUAACACAGAAGAAAGUACCUGACAAGUUAUUGGAUUCCAGCACAGUGACUCAUUUAUUCAAGAUUACUGAAAAUAUUGGCUGUGUGAUGACAGGAAUGACAGCUGACAGCAGAUCCCAGGUGCAGAGAGCCCGCUAUGAGGCUGCUAACUGGAAGUACAAGUAUGGAUAUGACAUCCCUGUGGAUAUGCUGUGUAAAAGGAUUGCAGAUAUUUCUCAGGUCUAUACACAGAAUGCUGAAAUGAGGCCCCUUGGUUGCUGUAUGAUUUUGAUUGGUAUUGAUGAAGAACACGGCCCUCAGGUAUACAAGUGUGAUCCAGCAGGUUACUAUUGUGGAUUCAAGGCCACAGCUGCAGGAGUUAAACAGACAGAGUCAACCAGCUUUCUUGAAAAGAAAGUAAAGAAGAAAUUUGACUGGACAUAUGAACAAACAGUAGAGACAGCAAUAACAUGCCUGUCUACUGUACUAUCCAUUGAUUUCAAGCCUUCAGAAAUAGAAGUUGGUGUAGUCACAGUGGAAAAUCCUAAGUUCAGGAUCCUUACAGAAGCAGAGAUUGAUGUGCACCUUGUAGCUCUGGCAGAGAGAGACUAAUUAGCGUUCCUGUUUCCAUUGUCUGUGCUUCUGGCCAGGAUGUUUGGUGAAAAGAAAACAUUUAAUAAUGGUUUUAGAUUAUGGGUGGAAAACAGUGUUCGCUAUAUGAUGUAUUUUACUCUGUACAAAUAAAACAGAGGUUUUUGAAA